UCGAUGGAAGGUACAACUUCUGGAACUAAAUCAGUAGUGAUUGACAACCACCAUCCGAUUGUGCCAACAAAAUCUCAACAGCAAGAAGACCCCAGAUUUAAGAUGAAGUAUGUAAACUUCACUCUUUCCAAAGCAUAUGAUCCUUUGUUAGGAAGAUUAAAGUCGGAAGAUGUGGCAAGUGUUUUAACGCGUUUGUAUGAUUCUUACAAAAACUCUACCGUUGAUGCUUCUUUUAAUGACAAUAUUGGAGGUGAUACUAGCAUGCAUGAAACCGAUGAUUUAUUGAAAUCUGAGUGGGAGAAACAUUUGGCAAACGAGGGAAAUAUUUCCAACAAAUCUGAUCUUCAGAUAUACUUGAUGGAUGAUGUGGUGAAGAAUAAAGAUUUUGAUAUCUUGUCUUGGUGGAAAGUUUCGUCUAGUAAAUAUCCAGUUGUUUCAAAAAUUGCGAGAGAUGAAGAUAAGAAAAUAGAACCAGAUAUGCAGAUUGCUUCCAAUAUUAUGUUUAUUGAGUUUAAUUGA